AUGGCGUACAAGCAGACAUUCACUCGCUUCAACGUGAUCUCGGUACUGUUUGCAUCCUUCGGCUCUCUCUACUGUGGAUAUACUUUAGCUGUCAUUAUCUCUACUCUCGGCCAGCCAACAUUCUAUUCGAGUCUCGGCCUCGUGACCGACACGUCUGACUCAGGCUAUGGCUUUACAAACGCCAUAAUUUCUACCGCGAAUGGAAUUUUCUUUGCUGGGGCGUUCUUCGGUGCCCUUCUAGCCGGCGGGCUUUCGUCAAGACUGGGCCGAAUCCGGAUCUUUCAGAUGUCUUCGAUUGUGGGCAUCAUUGGAGGUGCCAUCCAGACUGGAGCCAUAAGCCCCGCGAUGUAUUUGGUGGCACGACUCAUUACGGGGUUUGGUAUGGGACUAUCAUUCGCCGUUGUACCAGUCUGGGUUUCGGAGGUUGCUCCACCCAAAUUCCGGGGCCUCAUGGCUGUCGACACUUCUUUCGGAUGGCGCUUCCCGAAUGCCAUAAUUAUUGUCUGGGCGGUCCUGCUCCUGGCUGGCACCUUUAUCAUCCCUGAAAGCCCACGUUGGCUCGUCACCAAAGAAAGGGAUGGUGAAGCAUUAGAAGUUCUACGUCGCCUACAUCACGACCCCAGUGAUCCUCAAGAUACUUUUGCUCAUCAGGAAUUGUUACUUAUUCGGAAUCAGAUCUCUGACGAUAAUAAGCAACGAAAUGAUGGAGGAAAAUGGCAAAUUAUCGCGCAGAAAACAUAUCGCAGACGACUAAUAGUUGCAUUGAUGACGACGAUCGGUAGUCAGAAUACCGGUAUCCUGGUGAUCAACAACUUCAAUGCACUUCUUUAUGCAUCACUUGGAUUGAACAAUUGGCAAGCUCUACUCUUGAGUGCCGGAUACAAUACCUGGGCCAUGAUUGCAAACUUCCUGGGAGCGGUGAUCUCUGAUCGAUUUGGUAGACGAAAACUCCUAUGUAAGCCACUGAAACCUCCCAUGUAG